CUCAUCAAGCAUAAGUCACUAACAAGAAUCAACACAUACAACUCAUAACAUAAUUAUUCACUUGAAUCACUUCUGAAUAAUGCAAAUUCGAUCAUCAUCAUCUUCUUCAAUUUUCUUCUCCUUUGUUUAUGCUGAUGAAACGGCACAAAUGAUCACAAUAACUAGUGUAGUAGUAGUGUUGUUAGUGGUGUUGCUUCAGAGGCGGUUGCACCGGAAAAAGCAAAAACGAAAGUUACCGCCCGGUUCCAUGGGCUGGCCUUACAUCGGAGAGACACUCCGCCUCUACACAGAGAAUCCUAAUUCCUUCUUUGCCACCCGCCAAAACAAGUACGGAGAGAUCUUCAAGACGCACAUAUUGGGAUGUCCAUGUGUGAUGAUAAGCAGUCCAGAGGCGGCUCGAAUGGUGUUAGUAAGCAAAGCACAUAUGUUCAAGCCAACUUAUCCUCCUAGCAAAGAGCGUAUGAUUGGACCAGAGGCUCUCUUCUUCCACCAAGGUCCUUACCAUUCUACACUCAAGCGGCUCGUGCAGUCUUCCUUCAUGCCUUCUGCUCUCAGACCAACCGUCUCUCACAUCGAGCUCCUCGUCCUCCACAUCCUAUCUUCUUGGACAUCCCAAAAGUCCAUCAACACCCUUCAACACAUGAAACGAUAUGCAUUCGAUGUGGCGAUCAUGUCAGCGUUUGGAGACAAAGAGGAGCCCACUGAAAUCGAAGCAAUUAAGCUUCUCUAUCAACGCCUCGAAAAGGGUUACAACUCCAUGCCUCUAGACCUACCUGGCACACUUUUUCAUAAAUCCAUGAAGAAAGCAGAAGAGAAGAAGGAGGACUAUUGGGUGUACUUCUCGGCGCAAAGGAUCAGAAACGCAACGAUCGCCGACAACAUCAUCGGUGUAAUCUUUGCCGCCACCGACACCACCGCUUCUGUCUUAACUUGGCUUCUCAAGUACUUACACGACCACCCCGAUCUCCUCCAAGAAGUCACCAGGGAACAAUGCGGCAUUCGACAAAAAAUAAAGGAAGAAAACCGAGGAAUCUCGUGGGAGGAUACAAGAAAAAUGCCACUGACCACAAGGGUGAUACAAGAGACACUAAGAGCAGCAAGUGUAUUGUCCUUUACGUUUAGAGAAGCAGUACAAGACGUCGAAUAUAAAGGCUACUUGAUCCCAAAAGGUUGGAAGGUCCUUCCUCUUUUCCGGCGAAUCCAUCACUCUCCCGAUUUUUUCCCCGAACCGGAAAAAUUCGAUCCUUCUAGAUUCGAGGUGGCACCAAAACCUUACACGUUCAUGCCGUUUGGAAAUGGAGUGCACUCAUGUCCAGGAAGUGAGCUGGCUAAACUUGAGAUGCUUAUCCUCCUUCACCACCUCACUACCUCCUUCAGAUGGGAAGUGGAAGGAGGCGAUGAAGGAAUACAGUAUGGUCCUUUCCCUGUGCCCAUGAAUGGUUUACCAAUAAGAGUCACCCCAAUUUGAGCCCAAGGCAUAUAUUUGGGGCUCUUUUUUUUUUUUUUUUUUAUCUCUAAUAACACACAUGCUUUAGUUGCUCUCUUACCGGUAGAUAAUUUUUUUUAAACUUUAAUCUAUCUCAUUUUAAAUAUUGGCCACCAAUUUGGCUCGUUUUAUUUUGUAAAAAUGAAUUGUUCCCCCCAAAAUCCUAUGUAAAGUUGCAAUUUAAUGAAUUUUAUUUUAGUUACUUGCUUGGACCAGAUGAAAUAUCUUCGAACUC